AUGAAGUCUCCUCACAGACUGCUGGACACUGAUGUUCUUGCUGUGGAGCAGGAGAACCAAAGGCUUGAGGAGGAAAUCUUCAGAAUCCAGCAGGCCAGGGAGAAGAACAAAGGAGAGCACGGGCUUAUUGAUAUCCAGAAAGACCACAUCCAUCAAAUGGCUAGCCUUCAAGCCGAGAUCGCAUUUUUAAGGAGAGAAAUAGAGAAGGGCAGAGAGAGAAGACCACACCAUCCUCAAGCUCCUCUGCCUGUUUUUCCUGGAUCUUCUAUGGCCAUAAUACACCCUGCUCUGCCACUGGAUCAGAGUUCAAAACAGCAUUCAUUAAUGGGCUCCCAUGUAACUGAUCCGAUGGCAACUCUCAGUCCUGCUCCUUAUGAUCCUGUGGCUGGCUUUGUGAUCUUCUAUGACCUGGUGAUGGGUGUUGAAGAUGCCUUGAGAUCAGUGCGUUUAUUGCCAGGGUUAUAUUUUAAUGGACAGAAGUUGGGACAGACCACCCCAAUGCCACCUGUGCAGUGCCAGCCUGCAGGACCAUUACUGUCCACCAAGAGUCCUGGAAAUUAUGCCAUACUGGCUGUUAAGCAAUCUGUGCCAAGAGUACAGCCAUCUCCAGAUCUCUCUUUGGUCAUAGAGAUACAGACUUCUAAAGGUCUGGAUUUGUUCAACCAUGAAACUGAGGGCUUGGUGACUUGUAGCUGGGCUAAGCUUGAUCUCUUUGACCAGCACAACCAGGUUCACAGUGGUCACUGGAGGCUUCCCUUCCGCUCUCUCCCAGUUCAAGCAUCCUUAAGUCCAGGUCAACUGAAUUCUGUGCCACAAAUGGGUAACAUGGAACUUGGUCUUCGUGUAGCAAAUGCUUGUGAUGGUGAUGUACAGACCCUUGAAAAGAUUGACCCCAACAACACCAACCAAUACAAGUACAUAUCCACGGUGGUCUCAAACACAAUCCUGGCAAACCAAGAACAAUGUAAUACAUUGCAACCCUCAUCCAAUCCAUUACCUUCAUCACUGCCACAGACAGAUCAUGUGGAAGAGGCCAGUUAG